CAUAAUGCAUUGCGAUGGCGGGUGGGGCGGGGCCAAGGCCGGAAGUAGAAUUGUGGCGGCGGUGGAGGCUGUGGUGGCCGUGGCAGCUCCGGACUGAGUGCAAGUCACAGAGUCACCAUGAUUCUUCAGAGGCUCUUCAGGUUGUCCUCGGCCGUUCAGUCUGCAGUCUCAGUCUAUUUGAGGAGGAAUAUUGGUGUGACAGCAGUGGCAUUUAAGGAACUCGAUCCUGUACAGAAACUCUUCGUGGACAAGAUUAGAGAAUACAAAACUAAGCGACAGUCGUCCGGAGGCCCUGUUGACACUGGCCCAGAGUACCAGCAGGAUUUGGAGCGGGAGCUGUUCAAGCUUAAGCAAAUGUACGGAAAAGCAGACAUGAACGCUUUCCCUGACUUCAAAUUUGAAGAUCCCAAAUUUGAAGUCAUCGAUAAACCCCCGUCCUGAAGAAAUGUAAAAUUUAUCUGGUAAUUUUCACUUGAUAAGUUGUGCAACUGAUCAGAAGUACCGGAAUAAACAUACAUUUCAGCAACCAUCAGAUGUUCUUUAAUUCUGAUUCCAAAUAAAUUAUUUGAUGAUGUA